AUGGAGAUCUGGCAGAAAGGCUCCUUCCGCAGCGCCUCCUUCUUUAAGCGGCUGAGCCUGCGGCGGCCGCGGAGACUGCGGCGACAGGGCAGGGUGCUCAGCCAGGCCAGCACGGCUGGAGGGGACCACGAGGAGUACAGCAACCGGGAGGUCGUCCGGGAGCUGCGAGGGAGGCCAGAUGGCCGGCGCCUGCCACUGUGGGGGGAUGAGCAGCCCCGGGCCACCCUGCUGGCCCCGCCCAAACCCCCGCGCCUCUACCGAGAAAGCUCCAGCUGCCCCAACAUCCUGGAGUCCCCGUCCACCUACGCCGCAACCUACUCUGCCACCCUGCCCUCCGCGCUCUCCCUGGCGGACGCCCUCUACCAAUACUCUGACGAGGACCUUUUGGACACGCCCCCCUUCCAGAGGACACCUGCUCCGGACCUCAGUGAUCCCUUCUUCUCCUUCAAAGUUGACCUAGGGAUUUCACUUCUUGAGGAAGUUCUACAGAUGCUGAGGGAGCAAUUUCCCAGUGAGCCCAGCUUCUGA